AUGGCGUCCAAGAAAAACAACCAGAUCUCAAGACGACACUCAACCAUCGUCUGCCACCGAUUAGUCCGCUCGCUCGUCUACCUCCUCGCCUGGGUCUUUCUCCUGUUGGUCGUGAUCGGAAACAUCUCCAACAAACCCGUACUUCGCGAAACAUAUUUCCUCAAACUCAACACAGCAAACAUCAUCCCACAGUCAAUACCGAACUCGGUUUUUAUCAACAGUAUCGCUCGUUCUAUUGGUCUUCAUGAUUUCUAUCAAGUCGGACUCUGGGGUUUUUGUGAGGGAUAUGACAGCGGUAUCACGGGUUGUUCGGACCCGAAAGCCUUGUACUGGUUUGAUCCAGUAUCAAUUAUCCUGAACGAGCUUUUGGCCGGUGCAACCAUUGCCCUCCCCACUGAAGUUACCGACGCACUCAAAAUCGCCCGCGUCGCAUCCCACUGGAUGUUCGGCUUCUUCAUCACAGCCACAGUCCUCAGUUUCGUCGCCAUCUUCAUCGUCCCCUUCGCAACAUCCAAUCGACCUCCACAAUCCAUUUCUGCCGAUCAACACGUCAACGAAGUCGUGCGUCCCCACCGUCGACCAACAUUCAUCCUCUUCCGGGCUCUACCCAUGGCCAUUUUGACGUUUCUAAUCGCACUAUUCGCCAUCGUCGCCUCCGUAGUCGCAACAGUUAUGUUCGUAAUCUUCAAAAACGUGUUUAUGAACAACACCGCAGACCUAAACAUCCAAGCCUAUCUGGGCACACAGAUGUUGGCGUUUAUGUGGAUUGCGUCGGCGUUGACAUUACUCGGGUUUAUUAUUCAGAUUGCGUUGUGUUGUUGUGCUUGCUGUGGGGGACGGAAUGCGAGGAAACAACUCAAGGCAUAG